UGACUGUCUUUUGUCGAAGACGUAGUUGGCAUUGCAUUUUGACUACUAUCGUACAAUACUAUUAACGCUCAGAAUCGACACUACUCCAAAGCACUAGAUUCAAUACUUUUAUUACUGUUGCUCGAAUUCGAUACAUUGUCAGUACAGGAAGGAAAACACAUAUAUGGAUCGAUUAACGCAACUGCAAGAUGCAGUCGACGCGAUGGCUCGCAUGUUUACCAACAGCAUUUACUAUGUACAUGAAAAGUCUGCCAUGGCUGCCCUGAGCGAUAAUAUACCCGUUAUACACCCAAAAGUACAAGCUGAUCCGCCAGAUAUCUUCCAACAGAAUAUGAAGGAAUUGGUUUCGGACAUAGUAAAGAAGGGCCAGGAGAUUGAUCGGCUUAUAGAAGCAUUGCCAGGCAUCAGUCGAACAGAAGAAGAACAGAUUGAACAAUUAUCAUUACUGGAAGAGGAAAAUGCGAAAGCUAACCAAGAAUAUGAGAAGGCUGUUGCUGAUACUGAGUCCCUUAUGGCGGAAAUAACGCAAGCCCUUAGACGCAUAACGGAUGAGCAAAGCAAACAAAUUUAUGAAAAAAGUAAUUGAAUCUUAGAAAUAAAGCGAGUUCCUGUAUCAUAAAACGUGACAA